GGACAACUCUGCUCGCUCUCACUCAGCCACAAGAAACAUGAAUCUCAGACUUUGGGCACUGGCACUUCUGCUCUUCAUUUUAACCUUGACUUCAGCAUUUGGAGCUCCACUGGCUGAAGGCUCAGAUAGGAAUGAUGAAGAACAGAAUAUCCGGACACUGGUGAACCCAAAAAUGGUCCGUAACUCUGCACCUCAACGGCAAGCCAACCGGAGAAAACUCAUACGUCAAAGACCCCGUCUUUCACACAAGGGCCCAAUGCCCUUCUAAAAAUAAAAAG